CGGCUCAGCACCAAACCACAAAAUGGCCCCCACAAAAGGCGACCACAAAGAGCCAGCCGCUGCCAGGCCGGCUCCAGCAUUCACCUCCAGCUUGCAGGCUGAAGAGGCCGACUUUCCACGAGGCGGGGGAUCCGGCUUGACCGCCUUCGAGUUCAAGCAGGUCAGAGAAGAGGGCAGGAAGGAAGCCGAAGAAGAAGCAAAGGCGCAGGCUUCCAAAGGUGAGAAGCGAAAGAGGCAGGUCAGCGAGCGACAGACCAAGCGACUGAAGAAGAACGAGGACGCCAAGAAGCGUGAGGAGAGGGACAAGGAAGGAAUCCGUGUCGAGUUGCUCAACUACAAGCGACUGGCGACUGGCACCCGUGUGCUUGCUCGUGUCCACACCAUCCUCCCCCUCCAUCUCAUCUUGUCUCUCCCCAACAACCUUCUCGCCCACGUCCCGAUAACUGAAGUUUCCAACACCCUCACCCAGCUGUUGCGCGCCGAAGAAGAUGCUGCUAUGGAGGACGAAGAGGAAGACGAGUCUGAUGACGAAUCAUCGGCCCCAGACCUGGCUCAGCUCUUUGUCCCCGGUCAAUAUGUCCCUGCCAAAGUAUUGACUCUGUACCCCACCGCCAGUCAAUCGUUCGUUUCACAGUAUCCCGUCACCGAGACUACUCGGCUGGCUGCCCGAGUGGAGCUCACUCUCAUACCCGAAAAGGUCAACUCUGAAGUUGCCAAGAAGGAUCUUGAGAAGGGCUAUCUCUUGACUGGCGAAGUCAAGUCUGAGGAAGACAAGGGAUGGACUGUCGCUAUUGGACUCAACACUGAAGACGGGGGGUCAUCCGUCGAAGGCUUUGUCUCUAAAGACGAUGCCAAGAAAUUCAACAAGACGUUGAUCCCGGGGCAACUUGUCCCUUCCACCAUCUCUUCCAUUGCAGCGGGCGGUCGUCUUGUGCAACUCACUCUCGACCCCACGGAACUGGUCCGCUCGCAAGUCAGCGAAGUCUCUACUGUGGGAUCCUUGGUCCCCGGCCAUCUCGUUACAGCCUUGAUCACCGCUGUUGUUCCCAGUGGCUUGAACGUCAAGGUCGCUGGUUUCUUCGAUGGUACCCUUGACGUUGCCCACCUUCCUCUCGGUGAAGACGAUGUAGAGGAGAAAUACAAGAUUGGCAAAAAGAUCCGAGCCCGAAUUAUCUACGACAACCUCUCCGCCGACCCUCGAUCGUUCUCUCUCUCUGCUCUUCCCCACGUCGUCGACCUCACAAGCCCUACCCAAGAAGGUGACUCGACUCCUCUCGAACUCGCCAUCCCUACCGGCAAAAUCUACCAGAGCACCAAGGUCACCCGAGUGUUGAACGACUGGGGUGUGAUGGUCAGGACCCAGGACGGCUUGGAAGGUUUCGUCCACAUCAGUCAUCUGGCCGACGAGCGUAUCCCCGUCUUGUCCAAGGCUGUUCCUCAAUUCAAGCCUGGUACUCUUCACCGCGCUCGAGUCAUCGGCCACUCUCCCUUGGACGGUGUUUUGCUCUUGUCUUUCGAGCAAUCUGUCCUGUCCCAGACUUUCAUGCAGGUCACCGAGCUCAAGAUUGGCCAGCAGCUGAAAGGUGUCAUCCGAAAGUUGACCGACACCAUGUUGUUUGUCAACAUCCACGGCAACGUCGAUGGUAUCGUGCAGCCCAACCACUAUGCCGAUAUCAAGCUCAAGCAUCCCGCAAAGCGAUUCCGACCUGAUGCUUCUGUCAAGGCUCGUGUCUGGUCCGUUGACCCUAUCCGCAACAGGGUUGUCUUGACGCUCAAGAAGACCUUUAUCGAAUCCGACGCCACCAUUCCCCAGUCCUUUGAAGACUUCAAGGUCGGCCUUGUAACCCUCGGUUCUGUUCUCAAGAUUGUCGACAAGGGUAUCGUGGUCGAGCUCUUUGGCGGCCUCAAGGCCUUCAUGCCUCACUCCGAGUGUAGCCAAACCUUUGUCAAAAACCUGAAUGAGGCUUUCCACGUCGGCAAGCCCCUCUCCAUCCGUGUGAUCGAAGCCGACCCUGAGACUGCCCGACUCGUCGUUUCCGCCAAGCAAGCUUCCGCUUCAGCCCCCGCCACCGCUGCCGAGAAGCUUGAAGUUGGUGAGGCUGUCACCGGCGUCGUCUCUCAGGUGCACGCUGAGCAGGUCGUUGUCAAGCUUGACGGAAGCGGUUUGACCGCUUUGCUGUCUUUGAGCAACUUGUCCAACCAGAAGCGAAUGGGCAUCGAAGAAUUGAGAGAGAGCUUGAAGGCUGGCGACAAGAUUGAGGACCUCGUCAUCGUUUCCAAGAACCCGGUGUCUGGUUUGAUCAUUGUCAACAUCAAGAAGACUCCCUCUGCAAAGAAGACCAAGACGAAGGAAGAGAAGGCCGCGUCCGGUAUCUCUGCCAACGUCAAGGCUAUCGACUCUAUCGAGUUGGGACAAAUCCUCGAGGGCACCGUGUCUGACCACACUCCUAACGGCUGGAUGGUCAAGAUCUCUAACUCUAUUCGAGGUCGUGUCCACCCUUGUGACGCUGCGGAUGACCUUUCUCUUGUGACUGCUCAAAAGCCCCUCUCUGUGGGCGAGCACGUCAAGUGCUACGUCCUCAAGGUUGAUGCCUCUAAGCGUGCUAUCGACCUUUCCACCAGACCCUCUAGGGUUGAAGGCCAGGAAGAUGUCGUUGACAAGGAGAUCAACACCGUCGGCGACUUGAAGGAGGGUAGCACUGUGAGGGGUCUGGUGAAGAACAUUGCCGGAUCCGGUGUCUUUGUGUCUUUGGGCAGGAACGUGACUGCCCGAAUCAUGAUCAAGGAGCUCUUUGACGAAGUAAGUCUGCUACAGACUUGCGCCAUCGGACUUUGCUAACAUUUCCAAGUAUGUCAAGGACUGGCAAUCCCGAUUUGAGGUCGGCCAGCUCGUCUCUGGAAAGAUCGUUUCCAUCAACUCCAACACCAAUUCUAUCGAAUUGUCUCUCCGAAAGAACCCCACGCGUGCCGCCAAGAAGACUGCCCUCCUCUCCCUCUCAGACUUUACCGUAGGCCAAAAGGUUGUCGCCAGUGUCAAGAAGGUCGAGGCCUACGGCAUGUUCCUCAAGAUCGAUGGAUCCAAUGUCUCUGGUCUUUGCCACAAGAGCGAGAUCACCGACAACAAAAAGGCCGAUGUCGCGCAAGCUUUGAAGGGAUUCAGAGAGGGCGACCAGGUCAAGGCAAAGAUCACCAGCAUCGACUCUGAGAAGAACAAGAUCAGCUUUGGUAUCAAGGCCAGCUACUUUGGCGAAGACUUUGAGGGUGGUGAAGAUGACGAGGAAGAGGAGGAAGCCGAUGGCGAUGUGGAGAUGGAGAGUGGAGAUGAGCUGCAACUCGACCAAGAGGAGAGUGAGGCCGGUAAGGACGACGAAGAUGAGGAAGAAGACAAUGAGGCCGAGGCACAAGAUGAUGCCGAGGACGAUGAUGACGACGAAGAAGACGACGACGACGAAGAGCUGCAACCCGAGGCGUCCACUUCUGCCCCCAAGACUGCUCUCAACGUGGCGUCUUUCGACUGGACCGGUGAUGCCCCCGAGGCUGGCCCCUCAGACUCCGAGUCGGAUUCCGAUGGCGAGACCUCUGCUCCUACAAAGGGCAAGGGUAAGAAUGUUGACCUCACUGCCACCGCCCCCUCUGAUCGCCCAUCAUCUACCGCCGAGUAUGAGCGUGCUCUUCUCGCCUCUCCCAACUCCUCCUUCCUCUGGAUCCAGUACAUGUCUUUCUACCUUCAACUUCAUGAAAUAGAAAAGGCCAGGAAGAUUGGUCGACAGGCGUUGGAGAAGAUCUCUUACAGAGAAGAAGAGGAAAAGUUGAACGUCUGGAUGGCCUUGAUCAAUCUGGAGAUUGGUUUCGGAACCAUGAGCAGCGCCGAGAAGCUGUUUGAGGAAGCCAGCCAGUACAACGACAAGAGGACUGUUUUCAUGAGAUACGCGGAUGCGCUCCAAACUGCUGGCAAAGAAGAUGCUGUAGAAGAAGUGUUCAAGAAGAUUGUGAAGAAGUUUUCAGUUUAUCCUGAAUCUUGGACACGAUUUGCCGAAUUUUAUCUUCUUAAGGGUGAUGCCGACAGUGCCCGAGCCCUUCUGCCGAGAAGUUUGAAGUCUCUUGACAAGUCGAAACAUGUCGAAACUAUCGAAAAGAUGGCUCUUCUCGAGUUCAAGCACGGUGACGCCGAGCGUGCCAAGACCCUUUUCGAGGGCCUUGUUGACCGGCUGCCUAAGCGACUUGACCUUUGGGGCGUCUACAUUGACCAGCUCGGCAAGGGUGGAGAUAUCCAGGGUGUGCGAGGGUUGGUUGACCGAGCGCUGAACCAGAAAUUGACGAGCAAGAAGGCCAAGUGAGUCUGUUAUCGGGUUGAAUAUGACCAGUAGCUGAUAAUACCUAUCAGAUUCUUGUUCAAGAAGUGGUUGAGUCUCGAGUCUAGAAUAGGCGAUGCUCCUGGACAGGAGAAGGCCAAGCUGAGAGCGAAGGAAUGGGUCGAGGCCAAUUCAAAGCCCGUUACUGGUGGGGAUGAGGAGAUUGGAAGCGACGAGGAGGAAGAAUAGGCCUUCAAAGGUAUAUAUAGACUAAUCAUUGGGCUCAUUGUUGCAUCGCCAUCAUCAUGUAUAGAGAUACGAAC